AUGGGGAACUCACCAAAGGGAGCCCGUGGUGAUGAAAAUGGGCAUAGUAACAAAAAGGCUAAAUCUGAGGAAGGUUCUGCUACACCUUUCAAGUUUGGUAAUGAGGCUGAUGACGUAGAUCCAACUGGUUCAGAUUUUUCUAACGAGCUACCUACGCCGUUUGAUAACUUUGUUAGCCAGGAGGAAGAUGACAGUACUGGACACAGCAAUAAUGGGGUAGAGCUUCCAGAGACCAGCUUGCCGAGCACGACUUUGGCUUUACCUACAGCAUCUGGGGCAGGUUCAAGUAAUAGUAAUGGUAGUGGUAAUGGUAACAACACCAAUAGCAAUGUGAAGAAAUCUCCGCAAAAGGUACAGAAGGCAGUUUUGAAUAGCAAGGUGAAUGUUACAGCGGCGAGGAAACAAGGGCAAAGUACAACUGCUCCAAAACGCCAGAGCGAUCCUGACAAACUAAGUGAUGCGCUCUUAUCUGCUGGUGUGGAUGUUAGGGAGGAGGAAGCACUAUUAAACUCUACAGUUACGACCAUGAAGUCUAACUCCCAAGUCUCCAAUAAUCAGCUGCCACCGCAUCCUCCAUUUCUGCACCCCGCCCACAUUGCUAGUAUGAUGAAGAAGGUAGCAGCAGACCAGAGCUUUAACCAAGAUUUUUCGAAAAACUCGGAUUUGCUGAGUCUAAUGUCCACUGCAUGUGAGCUGUAUAUUAGGGACAUCGUCACAAAUUCCAUAGUCAUAUCGCGCCAUCGGCGUAAAGCGGUGAAGUUAAAUUCUGGAAGGAGAAGCGAGAUGACACGAAUACUAAGAGACCUGGCCUUAAAACAACGAGAACAAGAGGAACGUAGAGUUAAACGGAGAAUAGCAUUAGGCUUAGAAAAGGAAACUGUCGACGCAAAGCUGGACAGCGGGGAAACACUCCAUCGGGCUUCUAAUGCAACCGCAAAUAUGAUGAUUGCAGGAGGUAAGAAAAAAUAUAGUUGGCUCACAUCAAGCUCUAAAUCAAAUGCAGUAGAUCUGAAAAAUACAGGCAAAGUAUCUUCCGCCGUUGCUGCAAGAGGCGAUUUGGGGAUCAAAUAUAGAGAGGCAAGAGAAGAACCUGGCAUCGUAAUGAGGGAUCUACUAAAUGCAUUAGAGAACAGGAGAGUUGGGGUGAAUAACACCAUUGCUAAAGGCUAUGCUAGGAUAAGAGACUAA